GGUUCGAUAAUGUAACAUGAUACUAUCAUGAUGAAAGCACAAUUCGAAGCUCUAGUAGAAUGCGAUGUUCGGGAACGGCUUCCACUUUGGUGCACAGCUCUGCAAGUCUUCCCUAACGGAGAUUCUAUGGUGACGAGCCUUUUACGAGAGGAGCAUACGGGAAUUGUCAAAAAGUGUAAAUGCUUCCAAACAAUCUGCGUCCAAGAGAAUUGUAUCAUUAGCGAUGACAACCUUCAUUCGUUAGCGCAAAAUCUUGAAAACAUUUAUCAAAUGUAUCCAUAUGCUGAUGUUUCUGGUUACAUCUGUUUUGAGGACAACGCCGGAUCUAUUACAUACUUUGAACUAGAGGUGGUAAAAGUAUGAUCAACCCCUUGCCUUUCCCCCCACCCACCCCCUUCCUGUAAGGAUGAAUAUGGAAAUAUGAAGUCUAA